AUCUGCGCAUGUGUGUUACUGUGUCGGCCAUCAUUGUUGAAAUUGACAACCUAUUUUUCUUUAUUUUCAUUUGACAUUUUAUUUUUUUAUACAGUUUUCUCAUCUAAAAUGAAUCGAGGUCAAGAAAUAUAUAGAAAAUCUGACCUUGAAGAGACUUCUUCAUCAAAGACUAACAAAUUAGCUGGAGCACCAAAGACAUUAAGACAUACUUUACUGUCAUCUAAUCCAGAAUCAGAAGAAGGCAGGAUAUCAGCUGCUAUAGAAAUACAGAGAAACUGGAGAGGUUAUAAUAGUCGGUCUCAUGUAUAUGAAGCAAUUAACCCCAAGGUCAGCAAAACAGCUGUUUACAGUGAAAGUCGGCACCAUGUUGCAAGAGAACAAGAAUUUGAUGGAAUAACAGACGAAGAGGGUGAAGUUGGUCCUCCCAAAGAAGAUAGAUUAAGGCUGUAUUACAAUGACUAUCUGGUUGAAAUGCAGGAAUCUGAUGACCCAGGGCCAGUUAUGUCAUAUGAAGAAUUCUGUGCCCUAUAUAUACAGAAUUGGUGGAAAAAACACAGAGAAAAGAUUCAAGUUAAAACUCCUGUACAACAAGUACAGUAUGUACCUCCUAAACCUCAACCAGUACAAAUGCCAGUCCAAAUAUCAAGACCUCGUCGACCUUUAACAGAAAGAUUAGCAGCAACAAUUAUACAGAAAAGUUGGAGAAGACAUAUUGAUAUACAAGUGUAUAGAUAUUACAGAGAUUUAAUCAACUUUAAGGCCAGAGGUAACCCUGCCUUAAUGUUAAGAUGUAUAAAUCCCAAUGAAGCCAAACUACUAGAUGGUGCCUCUGGUGUACAUGUCAAAUUUAGAUUGGCAGGGGAGAGAUUUCCACCAAACAUAUACUACAAGAUUUUUACACACAGACCUAUUCAAGACAUGUGUGCAAAUAGUCCAAAAAAUUACACAGUAUCAACAGUAAAACUACAAAUGGCAAAAGAUGUCCACAGUAAAGUAAGAGGUGCUCCAGAAGCUCCAGAUAGAAAUGAAUGGUACAAACGUACAGAUAACAAUGGUUGGAGACUUGUAUCAGAUCGCCUAAUUCAUCAUUUAAUGGCUGAUCCUGUAACCUGGGAAUCAUCAAAUAAGAAAUAUGAAUUUAAUCAUGAUAAGCUUCAAAGAAUUCAGGAUGUAUCAAAGUUAAAGAAACAGAGAAAAAUAGAUUGGAUGCAGAAAAUGUAUAAAGAUGGUAUGUUGAAAGCUAAGUCAGAUGAUCUGGAAACAAUAAACCUGAUAGAGGGAGCUGCUGCUGGUAUGGUUGCUACAGUAGAAAAGAUGGGUCCAGAUGCCUUAGAGGACUGGGAAGUGGAUGAGUUACUGGACUGGACCACUAGUCUUAAUUUCGAUGAUUAUUUGAGUGGAUGGAAGGAAGUAGCUACCAGUGCAAAUUCAGAAAAAUUCAUAGGACCUAGAAAACAGAUUGUAACUGAAGCCGAAGAGGAUAAGAUGAGAAUAUUUACCAGUGCAGAUCCUUAUGAGUUCUCCCUGUCUCCUGGACAAUCAAGGUACCAGUCGACACAACAGUCCAGGAAUACUCCAGCAUCUAGUAUAUCAGGCAGGAUACCAGUCAACUAAAUAUAUUAUCAGACAAUGUCAGAGUGAGAGUUGUCAAAUGUGAUCGGCCAAAUCUCUGCAGUUGUCACAUGCAUUAAACACUUUGCAUUUCUAAUCAUGUCAAAUAAAUUAAGUAUGGUAUUUUGUUAUUGUCUAUGACCAUAUUGUUGCUUUACAUAUCAUGACAAUUCUUUAUAUAAUGUGUUUUUGGAGGUAAACAUGAAAUACCUUAGUGGAAUAGUGAACAAACAUUGAGUUCAUGAUAGUGAUGAGUGAUUAGUUCAUAAAAAUACUAUCAAGUGCUUUAAGGAAAUGAUUGUUUGUGCUUGCAGAACUUUUUUCAUCUUAAAACUAAAGUCUGCUGGAACUUUUAUUUUGGGGAAAGAAAGUCUAUAUAUAUCAUCCAAAUCAGUUUCACAGAAAAUAUGUGUUGCUAUGGACUUUUCAUAUAGAUGUUUUUAUACUAGUUUUGCUGAUAAUUUCGGGAUUGAUUGUUGGUACUUCUUCUUGAACUUAGUUUGGAUAAACCUAAAUAAAGGAACAGGAUUUCUAGUUUGAAUAUAAAAAUUUUAAUUUGUUACUUUCAAAUUUAUAAAUUUCUGUUAUAAAUUUACUGCAAAUUAAAAAGAAAUAUGUGAAUGUAGUAAUUAAUCUUAAAUUAGUUAAAAAAAAUGGAAAUCAGGAAUGUUUAAGAUUUUAAAUAACUGCUGAGGAUUAUAUACUUGUCAAAUAACAUUUGCAUUUAUGGCGAGCCAUUUCUGAAUUGAAAGAUGUAAUGUCUGAUAUUGAUAAGGUUGAAAUUGGUUUUACCAAAUGGUAGAUCACCUAAAGCAUGUAUCGUUACUAUAUCAAUAUUGGCUUCAGUAUAAAGUAUUGUUUGAACAUCUCCUGUGCAAGAUUCAGAUCGAAUAGAUCAGUUUACAAUAAGUCGUAAACACUUGUAUGAUUAACAGUUUACAUGUAAGAAAAAGAUUCCUUACAAAUAUUUUGUAUUUUUAAAAUUGUACUUUAUAUAAUUUGAAAGUUUUGUGAUAUAAUGUAUUCAUAUAUGUAUGUUGUAUAUUCUAUUUUUGUUGAUUGAUAUUUUUAUACUUGUUUUAUUCAACACCACACAUUGUUGAUUUAAAAUUAAAAUUUGUUAAAAAAACAGA